UUUUUUUUGGGCGAUCGUGGCGACGAGCAACGCGGAUCGCUGCGUGUAGCGUGGCUUGCUCUCAUCUUUUCUUUUCUGGACGAGACAUGGGCUCCGUUUCCAACCAGGAAUUCCCAGGCGGUUGCAAGGCGGACGACGACGAUGAGGGCCCCGGCGCGGCCGAGGACGACUCGCAGCCCCUGCGGGGCCUGGGCUCGUGCAAGUGGUUCAACGUGCGCAUGGGCUUCGGCUUCCUGUCCAUGACCAGCCGGGACGGCGUGACGCUGGACGAGCCCGUGGACGUCUUCGUGCAUCAGAGCAAGCUACACAUGGACGGCUUCCGCAGCCUGAAGGAAGGCGAGGCCGUGGAGUUCACCUUCAAGAAGUCCUCCAAGGGGCUGGAGUCCCAGCGAGUGACGGGCCCCGGCGGGAUCCACUGCCAGGGCAGCGAGCGCAGGCCCAAAGGCAAGAAAGUCCAGAAGCGGCGCUCCAAAGGAGACCGGUGCUACAACUGCGGCGGUCUGGACCACCACGCCAAAGAAUGCAAGUUGCCGCCUCAGCCCAAAAAGUGCCACUUCUGCCAGAGCAUCGAUCACAUGGUGGCCAACUGUCCGAUCAAAGCGCAGCAGAGCUCGGCCGCUUCUCAGGGCAAGCCGUCCGCCUCCGAGGUUAACGAGGAGGAGGAGAGCGACCGUGCUUCCACGCCGCCGCCGCCUCCACAGGAGCCCUCCUGUUAGGGAGAGGCCCGAUGGAGGUGGGUUGCUUUGGGGUUUUUUUUUUUUUUGUUGUUUUUCGGGAGGUGGGCAGGGUGGUUAGCAAAGAGGCCAAUCAAAGUGCUUUGACACAAGGGAUCACCUCUUGGAUCUAAAUCGGGUUGAAACGAGAAGAAUCUUUGCUGAUUUGUUUAUUUUAUUUUAUUUUUUUUUGUUAUUGUUGCUUCAACUCCUCUAUACUGGUUGCAUUAUUGUGAGAAUCACUGGCGUUCUUUCGAGACCUUCGCGUCACGCUCGCAAAAGAAAUCCGCUCGGAAGAUAACGUUACUUUGGGGUCAAUCGCUCGGACCCGAGGCCGAAUGCCGGCAACUGAGGUUCCGAAAAAGUAGAAGAACAGACACGGCGCAAAUUCAGAGUUGCCGCGAUGAACUUUUCUGUCGCCCGCAUGAAUGACGCCCGCGCGCACGCUCGCCCCAUCCAUGUUUUGCUUCGCGCCCGACAAGCCGGCCCGACUUUCGAUGCGUCCCUGCGAGAAAAAACGUCGGGGCGCUUUCUUGGUUCCUCGUCUGUCUCGUGAGAAGGCGGCGCUCCACCUUUUGGCGCUCUGGCAAUCGUCUCUCUUCUGUACAAAUAUUGAUCACGUUCAUUCAAUUGCUUCUGCUUGAUUGGAUUAUUAUAGAUAUAUAUCAAUUUUUUUUUUUUUUUUGGGUGUGUUUUACAGAAUUGAAAAAAAGCCACCUCUGAUAUCGAUAGCGAUGUGUAGCAGUGCAAUUAAAAAAAAAGAAAAAGUUUUUCUUUCAAGUUGGCGCUAAUCAAUCACUUCCUGCCCCCCCCCCCCCGAAGGGAAGUAGCCUGGCGCCUUUUGCUUCUUCUGAAAAUGAGGGCCCGACCAAUUAAUCGGCCUGCUGAUUCAAUCUUAGCGAGCAAAAACUCGGUAUCGGUCGGGCCUCGACGACGACCUUCGCGGGAGGCGAUGACGCGGACGAUCCUCCCACCUUUUUCUUGCGCUGGCCUCUCGGGCCGUUCUACCUCAUCCGUUUGGCUUUUCAACUCGGGUGGUCACGCGACGCGGUCGAGCCGCCUCGCUCGCUUUCGGCGCCGAGCCGGCACGAUAAGUAGAAGUGCAAAGCGCAUUGCAGCCAUCCGCGCCGAUGUCAAAGGGGAAGCGUUUUGGGCUUUCUCUUCUUGCCGUCACGCUCACCGACCCGUCUCACGCCGCGUUAUUCGUACGACUCCGGAUCUGCCCACUUUUGAAUGCAAUGCCGACCGACGGUACCUCCGUCGCGGUGAGCGAGGAUGUUCCAGAACGCGCCACGCUAUCGGCUACUCCGUUUGUUAGCGUGCCGAACCCAACGCGCGCGCAAAGAUCCGAAGCGAUCGUUAUCGAAGACGACGCCGCCCUCCCAAGUGUAGGGUCAUCGGUGCCGGAAACGGCCAAACCUGCGCGGAGGAGCCCGUAUGUAGAACUAGCUAGCUAAAUCAGCCGGCGCUAUACUCCCGUUUUACAGGAGACCCCACUUAAUAUAUAUGUAUAUGUCAAAUUAUUCUUUGUUGUGUUAGAGAGAGAAAACGAAUCACGCUACGUAUUUAUUUGCAUCCGGAAUUCUCAAGUCGGCCUUCCAACGGCCAGGGGAACUCGAUCGGUGCCCUUCGAUUAGCGUUCGGCGCAGUCGACGGUCCCGGCCGGGCGCGGACUAGGUCGGGGGUCACCGACGGGGUGAGCGCGGGCACCGGGGAGCCAUCAAGGACCACACAUGAGUAGCCCGCGCGCCUCUUCCAAAAAUAGGAGAGACCGUGACUCCCCGGGAAUCUUGUCGAAGCCAUCUUUUUUUUCAAAAUGUGAACGUCCGGCAGCUAUUUAUCAUCAAGUGGGGCCAAUUGAUCCGUUUGGUAAUUAUUGUGCGAAAUCGCUAAGGCGACCGGUGUCUUCUCCGAAAUGAAUAGCAUGAAUUAGAACGUACGAAGGUAGCUCGAGCCAGUUUCUUUCAAAAGCGCAUCCUAUCGAAGCGCUCGCCCUCCCCGUUCAUCGGGGAGCCAAGAAGGAGCGCUUCGUUUCAAAAAGCUUGCUGAACCCUGGACUGCAUUGGCUGGAAUUGAGUAACUGUGUCAAAAUGGAGUGAAACGGGACAUUUUCCUCAGGGCCCACAUCCACGCCUAGGAGAGACCUGAAUAGAAAUAGGAGUUCAGAACAUUCCCAAAACAUUCUCCCAUCGUUCAAGUCAAUUAAAAUGAUUAAAUUGAAUGAAUUAUCCUUCAUUUUCCAUGACCGUCUAUCAAUUCCAAUGCCCAUCCCUUUUACGAAUAUUUUACAGGGCAUCAAUAACAUACAGUAUGUCUCACACACACACACACACACACAUUAUAUGUCUCUUUCGAAAUACCUCUCCUUUUAUAAGUUGUUUUUUUUUUUUAAUGCGCUUGUCGGCUCACCUCAG